GGGGGCGGGGCGGGCGCAGGGGCUGCGGGGCGGCGGGCGCGGGAUGGCGGCCCCGGGGCUGGAGAGGCACCGGCUGGCGCUGCUGGCGGCCAAGGAGGACGUGGGCAACCCCCGGGCCGGGACCAACUGGGCUGUCUUUGGCUAUGAGAAGCACCAUGACCUCAAGCUCCUGGACUCUGGAGCUGGGGGUCCGGAUGAGCUGGCCGAAAAAUUCUCCACCGCCAGCAUCAUGUACGGGCUGUGCCGCAUCCAAGACCCCAGCACCGGCGCUCACCGCGUCGUCCUCAUCAACUGGGUCGGGGAGAAGGCACCGGAGUCCCAACGCGAGGCGUGUGCCGGGCAUCUGCCCGCCAUCAGAGCCUUCUUUAGGGAGGCCAGCGUGGUGCUGAGCGCCCGCCGUGCCGAGGAGGUGACGCAGGAGGGACUGAGCCGAGCACUGGCGAAGCUGGCCCCCACCGCCGCUCCCGCCCUCACCAGGAGGAUGCCCCCCCCGGAUGCCCAGGAGCUGGUGGGCACCAACUACCGCAAGACCAACCCGGCGCUGGAGAUACGCCGGACCAAGCGGGAUUCCUUCUGGGCCCAGGCCGAGCGCGAGGAGGAGCAGCGCAAGGAGGAGGAGCGGCGGCGGGCACUGGAGGAGCGCAAGCGCUGGGAGCGGGAGCGGAUGGAGGAGGAGAGGCGGGAGGCGGCCGAGCGCGAGCUCCGCUUCAGGGAGAAGGAGCGGAUGAUCGAGGAGCAGCGGAAGGAGCAGGCGCGGCUGGAGGCGGAGGAGCGGAGGAAGGAGAAGGCGCGAUGGGAGCAGCAGCAGCGGGAGCACGAGGAGGCCAUGCGGGAACGCAGCCGGCGCAGCGAGUCCAUCGAGAAGGCGGCCGAGGCGGCUGUCCUGGUCUCCCAGCGCUCGCAGAACCCACGGGAUUUCUUCCGGCAGCGGGAGCGCUCAGGGUCCACCUCCGGCACCCCGCUGCCUGCCUCCCCCCUCGGCACCAGGCCCGGUGCCCGGCGGCCAUUCCUGCGGUACCAGCGCAGCCUGACGGAGUCGGCAUUCAUCUUCCGCCGGCCGGACCCUCCACCCUCACCUGGACCCCUCCACCCUGGGGCUUUCAGGGCUGCGCCCCCCCCCAGCCCCCGCCGACCCCAGCCUCCCCUCCCCACCAGCCCCACGGGGAGGGGGACCCCUCCCUGUGCUCCCACCGGGACCCCCACCAGCCCCACGGGGACAGGGACCCCUCCCUGUGCCUCCACCAGCCCCACGGGGAGAGGGGCAUCCCCUGCUGCCAGCCCCAUAGGGACAAGACCCCCUUCCUGUGCCAGCACGGGGAGCCCCCCCAGCCCUGUGGGUACAGGGCCCCCCCCUCUGUCCAGCCCCUUAGGGACAGGCUCCCCCCCUCCCUCUGCCACCUGGAGUCCCCCCAGCCUGGCAGGGGCAGGGUCCCCGCCCCACAUGCCUGGGCCAGGGCCCCUGCCCCCUGCCAGUCCCCCAAGGAUGGGGUGUCCCCCCGGCCCCCCCGGGUCAGGCUCCCCUGAUAGCACUUGUGGGGCAGAGCCCCUGCCCCCCUGCAGCACUCCUGGGCUGGGGCCCCCCAGCAGCCCCCCUUGUCAGCCCCCCCUGGGCACCAAGGAGGCCAUAACUCUGCCUCCCCCCAGCCCCUCUGGCACCCCCCAGGAUGAGGACGGGCCCCCUCUGGAUACCAUCCUCCUCCCCAGCCCCCCGGCAUGGGAGUCUCCAGGACUGCUGGUGGGGCCGGACAAGGGGGUCCCAGCCUCCCAGGGGGGGUCCCCCCUGCCCGGGCUGACACCUGCCCUGAUGCCUCAGGCCAGGACCCCCCCGCGCAGCCCCAGCCCCCCCAGCCUGCCGCGGGAUCCGGCCCUUCCCCACCAGGAACCACAGACAGGGUCUGUGGGGCAGGCGGGGCAGGAGCCAGCCCUGGGCAACCUGGGGCACAACGGCAUCAAGGGCCAUGAGGAGGGGGGCUGGCCGGCCCCCUGGGAGCAGGACACCCUCCCGGGGCAGGGGGAUGAGCCCAGCGACAGCAUCCUCCUGCCACAGCCCCUGCACAAAGACAAGCCAGGCUUUGCCCUGCUGCUGGCCCGUGACGCCCCCCACCCGCAGCUGCCCGGGGGCACCAGCCCCCCCGCCGAGGACGAGGACCUCUCCCCCCACGCCGUGUAGCCGGGGGGGACGCAGCAGCCCCUCUUGGGGGGCACCUGGAUGGCACCUCAGCUGCCAGUCCUGUCUCCCCCCCGACAACCCUGCCCCACACACAACAGACCCUUCCCAUGGCCUCCCCCCAGCACAGCCCCCCACACACACUCACUCUCAGCCCCGGGGCUGCGGCUGCAGCCCCCCCACAGCCCCCCGUUUGCACCCCAAUAAGCAGCUUUGGGAGGCCCCCCGCCCCCGCCUCACUGGUGGUGGCACAGGGUGUGGGGGGCAUGGACCCCCACCCCAGGGAGGCCAGGCCAGGGACCCCCCCACUACCCCAAGCCUCCCCCUAAUCAGACACAGUGGCUGUUAAAUAAAUUUUUAAUGCAUAUUAAUGAGGUGGCAGCUUUGGGUCCCCGGCCCCGGGGAGGGGGCCAGGGCUGGUCCCUGCCGGGGGGCGCUGCCCCCCCCGGGAAGGGUGGCAGGUGGGGGGGCUGCAGUGGGGGCUGAGGCAGGCAACCCCCAGGGUUAGAAGAGAGGUAAAGCAGAGCUAGGGGGGGCCCUGCGCACCCCCCGGGGUUAGACCCACACCCACUGUAUGUGGGGGUUUGCCCUGAGCACCCACCCUGGGGGGGACCCCAGCACCCACCUUCCAAUGGAGCGGGGGGUUCAGCCCCCAGAACCCACCUUGCAACUGGGGGGUGGGAGUGGGGGAGUGUCAACCCCCAGCACACACCCUGGGGGGUGCAACAGCCCCCCCUACCCCUUUGGCAGGGGUCUGCC